UCGCUCCGUUUUUGUUUCCGGUUUCGCAGCAGUUGCCGUGGAGACGGCAACGCGGAGCAAUCCUGGGGGUGAUGGCGGGACUAACCGGGGCGCAGAUCCCGGACGGAGAGUUCACGGCGGCAGUGUACCGCCUUAUCCGGGACGCCCGCUAUGCCGAGGCGGUGCAGCUUCUGGGCGGAGAGCUGCAGCGGAGCCCGAGGUGCCGGGCGGGCCUGUCCCUGCUCGGCUACUGCUACUACCGCCUGCAGGAGUUCGCGCUGGCGGCCGAGUGCUACGAGCAGCUGGGGCAGCUGCACCCGGAGCUGGAGCAGUACCGCCUCUACCAGGCGCAGGCCCUCUACAAGGCCUGCCUCUAUCCCGAGGCCACGCGAGUGGCCUUCCUGCUCCUCGACAAUCCCGCCUACCACGGCCGCGUUCUCCGCCUUCAGGCCGCCAUCAAGUACAGCGAGGGGGACCUGCCCGGGGCGCAGAGCCUGGUGGAGCAGCUGCUGAGUGGGGAAGGCGGCGAUGAGGCCGGCGGGGAAAGCGAGCCCGACGGCCAGGUCAACUUGGGCUGCCUCCUGUACAAGGAGGGCCAGUACGACGCGGCCUGUGCCAAAUUUGGGGCCGCCCUGCAGGCCUCAGGCUAUCGGCCGGACCUCUCCUACAACCUGGCCCUGGCCUAUUACAGCAGCCGACAUUACGCCCCAGCCCUGAAACACAUCGCUGAUAUCAUUGAACGGGGCAUCCGCCAGCAUCCGGAGCUGGGCGUGGGCAUGACCACGGAGGGCAUCGACGUGCGCAGCGUCGGCAACACUCUAGUGCUGCACCAGACUGCCCUGGUGGAGGCCUUCAACCUCAAGGCAGCAAUAGAGUACCAGCUGAGAAACCACGAGGCGGCCCAGGAGGCCCUCACCGACAUGCCGCCCAGGGCUGAGGAGGAGCUGGACCCAGUCACCCUGCACAACCAGGCCCUCAUGAAUAUGGAUGCCAAACCCACCGAAGGGUUUGAAAAGCUGCAGUUCUUGCUCCAGCAGAACCCUUUCCCCCCAGAGACUUUUGGUAACCUGUUGCUGCUCUACUGCAAGUAUGAAUAUUUCGACUUGGCCGCGGAUGUCCUGGCAGAAAAUGCUCACCUGACAUACAAGUUCCUCUCGCCCUAUCUCUAUGACUUCUUGGAUGCCAUGAUUACCUGCCAGACAGCCCCAGAAGAAGCCUUCCUCAAGCUUGAUGAACUAGCGGGGAUGCUGACCGAGCAGCUGAGGAAACUCACCAAGCAGGUGCAAGAAGCCAGGCACAACAGAGAUGAUGAGGCCGUGAAGAAGGCAGUGAAUGAGUACGAUGAAACUUUAGAAAAGUACAUCCCAGUGUUGAUGGCUCAGGCCAAAAUCUACUGGAACCUUGAGAAUUAUCCAAUGGUGGAAAAGAUCUUUCGCAAAUCCGUGGAGUUUUGCAAUGACCAUGAUGUGUGGAAACUGAAUGUUGCUCAUGUUCUGUUCAUGCAGGAAAAUAAAUACAAAGAAGCAAUUGGUUUUUAUGAGCCCAUAGUCAAGAAGCACUAUGACAAUAUAUUGAACGUGAGUGCCAUUGUACUGGCCAAUUUGUGUGUCUCCUAUAUUAUGACAAGUCAAAAUGAAGAGGCAGAGGAGUUGAUGAGGAAAAUUGAAAAGGAAGAAGAGCAGUUAUCCUAUGAUGAUCCAGAUAAGAAAAUCUAUCAUCUCUGCAUAGUAAACUUGGUGAUAGGAACUCUGUAUUGUGCCAAAGGAAAUUAUGACUUUGGUAUUUCCCGAGUUAUCAAAAGCUUGGAACCCUAUAAUAAAAAACUUGGGACUGAUACCUGGUAUUAUGCCAAAAGAUGCUUCCUUUCUCUUCUGGAAAACAUGUCUAAGCACAUGAUCAUGCUGCGCGAUAGUGUUAUUCAAGAGUGUGUACAGUUUCUAGAACACUGUGAACUUUAUGGUAGAAACAUACCAGCAGUCAUUGAACAACCCCUAGAGGAAGAAAGAAUGCACAUCGGGAAGAAUACAGUUACAUAUGAAUCCAGACAGCUGAGAGCAUUGAUCUAUGAGAUCAUAGGAUGGAAUAUGUAAUUGCUGCUUUGGAAUAUUACUCCUUCCUACAUGCCUGGCGCUCAAAUGAGUAUAGCGUUUUGUCUUGUAUUUGUCAUAUUUGUAUUUUAUAUACUUUUUAAAAUGCAAUAAAAAUGAUUGGGGGAAAAACAUUUUUGAAAAGUCACACAGGAAAAUCAAGCAGCCUAGGAACUUCUAGAAAAAGAUUAUGAAUUGAUAGAGCAUGUUAUUUUUAGUAUCAGUCACAACUUCCACCCUUUUGUUAACAGUGGGAUUUUACCACUUUGACAUUCCAUUUCUGUCAAAGGCCCCAUUCCACAAACAGGUCAAGCAAGUCUAAACCAGGAUAGACAGUAUAAUGCCCAGAACAGGAUACAAUGAAGCACACUUUUAAAUAUUUUUAUGACUAUGUUUUAUGCCAGAAUAUUUCAUUUUAUGUGGCGUGCAGGUACUAAUAUUGAGAUAAAUCAAGUUAUAUAUGUUAAGGGUACAAAGUUCCUAAUGGGCAGCAGCAUGUGUGGUACAAUCUUCAAACUUUCUAGAAAGUGCACAAAUACGUUAUCUGUGAUCUGGUCCAUAUUGAUUAUAAUAUGCCAGAAUUAGGUACUGACAGGAUUAUAUGAACCAUUUACAUAACAAGUUCUUGUAAUUCUAUUAAUUUAUAAUGCACAUGUACUGCACAGAUUUUAGAAUGCUAUGACAAGGUGUCACAAAACAAAGAGCAAUUUACAAAUCUCGCAUCUUGAAGGUUUACUCUGCACAGUGUACAAGAUUCAGUAGGAAAUUCUCCACUGCUUUUUCACAAAAUGACAAUCUUGGAGUCAUGGUAUAGAAAAUUUAAAUGCCAGUUGGGGAGGAGGGUAAUACUAUUCCUUGAUUUAUCUCUGCUUCUAUUAUCAAGAAUUGGAAAAUGUAAUAAGAUAAAGUUUUGUUGCCAACAAUUUUCAUAAAAGAUGCAUAU